AUGGCUUCCUACGAGAAUAUCACAACUUUUGAUAUGGAUCCUCCGUUGAACAACUCGGUUCAAGAAGAAGAUUUGACUAGCUUAUAUAUCAGCUUUUCUUUUUUGGGGCUUCUUGGUGUUUUUAUAAUUGUGGCAAAUGCGAUGGUUUUCACAUUAUUUGCUAAACGGAGUUAUCUUCGAACGAAAUCGAAUGUCUUUCUAGUGUCGCUGGCUGCCUCGGAUUUUUCAGCAGGAAUCUUGUGUAUUCCUCUCGUAAUAGCCUGCAAUGUAUUCCGUGAGAGUUUUUACGGCUGGAUUAUUUGCCUUGGGAUGGAUUUAUCUCAGAGAUUUCUCGCAAUAUCAACCAUUCUUCACUUGUUAGCAGCAACACUGGAACGAUAUCUCAAGAUCCUUUUACCACUUCGAUAUUUAUCCGUAUUAACUAGCCGUAAAGUGGCUAUAGUCCUCCUUGUUAUAUGGUCUACGGCUCUUUUCUCAUCGUUCAUACAACUAACUUGGAUCGAUAUAAAAAGCAGCGCAAUGCCCGGUCAUUCUCACCAAAUAGAUGCAUUUUAUUUAGUUGUAUGUGCAAUUGUUUUUGUUUUUAUCCCCUUUGUAAUAAUGGUUUACGCUUAUCUUCGUAUUUUCUGUGUUAUCUGGGGUCAACGAAGACCAAGCCUACUUUUAGAAAGCACGGAAACUGUACCCGCACGACGUAUUAAAAGGAAAAAGUCAAGAAACGAAAUAAGAGCAACAUGCAUCUACAUAGCAAUGGCAAUCAUGUUUCUUUUUGCUUGGUCCGGUUAUUUCUUCGCAGGAAUAAUGGACGAUAUUCAACCGGACAGCGUUAACAACUUCCCGCAAUGGCUUAAUAUCGUCUUACUGUUUUUGAAGUUUAGCACAGCUCUUGUGAAUCCUUUACUGUACACUUUCUUUAAAACAGAUUUUCAAAACGCGUUGGGGUCGUUUAAGGAGCAAGCAGCGAACUCACUUGCAGCUUCCGCGCAAUUUUUCUCCGCUAACACUUUUGAAAAUGAGCGUAAUCACAAUGAGUGUAGCGCACAAAAGGGACGGAGCUCUAGCGAACCAGACCACUUGCUGCAGAAACCAAAGAACACGCGAUCGUGUUCUUUUCCACAGAGAAAUACAUCGACAAAGGUUUGAGGCCAUUUACUGCUGUGACAAAAAUUAAUGAGAAAUAAAAUUUAAAAUGUGUAUGACAGUUUGAUUCGGUAUCCGGGUAGAUGAAUUAGACUCAGGUUAUUGUUGGUUAAACUCGCUUUCAGCAGCAGCUGAACAUAAUUGACAAACAUCCCUUGUCUGCACUGUCUAAGAACUCGACUAUCUAAGAGAAAAUCGGAUAGCCAGCAGCUACUCUAGAUGCUACCGAGAUUAUACUACAGCUACUGACUGGACUGAAGUUUUCUUUUUCUCAGCCUUUUUUGUUAUUCUUUUUCAUUGCUGUGACUUUUUGGUUGGCCCGUUUUAAUAAAAGAAAGUCUAAUAUCUAUUGUAAAAUUUAAUAAGUCAUUGUGUCGCGUUGCUGUAUCAUUACUUGCUGUAAUUAAACCUACAAAUAUUGUUGUGAGUCUUUCUUGGUUUAUUUUGCAUUACCCAAUAAUCUUUUCAAUUCAAUAAUUAAAGGUUUCUCUUCCAAAUCACGGGCUAUUUUCGAUAUCAUAAAGUUGUUUUUCGUUUGCUUUUUCGUUUCUGUCUUCGUACGAACCUUUAAAUUUGAAUUCAUUCCCAUUACGUGUAGUUUUCGCAAGUUAGUGGUAAAGAAACAUUGUACUUCCUUUAGUUAAUUCGAAGGUCUUUCUGUGAGAUUGAUUUCCGCAGCUGCUCGGUUCAAUAAAAAAAGAAAAGCGAAGAAAAAUAUAACAGUCAGUUUAAUAAGACUGACAGCGGGAUAGUUCGAUUUGUAAUUUAAAAUAGAAGAGUUCCAGCAUGAGGUGAGGUUUCUGUGAAACCGCCCACCCACUCCCCCGCUAAGCUAAUAGGGAGCUUAAGCAGCGACGUUUUUGAGCGACGCACGUCAACCGGAAGUGAGGUAUUUUCCCUCUUAACAUGCCUUGAUGAUAUAAAAUUUGUAUUCCUUAGCUUCUUUACUGUUACAGAGGCGAUUUGACUGAAAAUUUGGGCGAAACCACUGUCAAAAAAAUGAAAAAAGGCCACUUCCGGUUGACGUGCGUCGCUCAAAAACGUUGUUGCUUAAGCUCCCUAAUAUUAACACUUACUUCUCACUUAAGGCAAAAUGUUGGCUUAGGGGAGGGGUAGGUAGGUAAUUUCCCAGAAACCUAAAUUGACCGUGUUUCCUUAAAUUCGAAAAUCGUGCUUUUCGAAAACCGCUUCUCAACGGCAAAAUAAUAACUGCAUAGUCUGCAUACAUAGUAAUUUCUUGAGUCUUACUUUAUCAUUGAUUUGUAGCUGAGGAAACAAUUUUGUUUUGAAGCAUAAAAGUGGCCCGAGUUUGGACCAAUCCUUUUUACGGUCUUAAAAUCUCUUAGCGAUUAUGAGUUCCAAAAGGAAAAAAUAAAUAAAUACAGGUCAAGCUACAUUAAAAUGGGUAACAAAAAACGUGCAACUUGUUUCGCAACAUUGCUGCAAAACGAGUCAGCGAUUAGAGAUGUUGCGCGUUUUACUACCCACGUUCGAACCUGUAAGGUGGCAAGUUUUUUUCGUCAGUGUUAAAACCACGCAACAUCGCUAUUCAGCUAGUUAUGCAGCAAUGUUGCGAAAGAAGUUGCAGGUUUUUUGUUGCCCGUUUUACCUAACCUAAAUAAAAAUAGCGCAAAGUAAGACUAAGAUCUCGUCACCUGAGUUCCUGUAGAUAAUCAAGGUGGGAUAUUAAUGCAGAGUUGGCUGAUAUGAGGUCCAACUGGUUUCAGCAUAUUUUUAUUUUGUUUUCAGUUAUCACAUCAUAUUUUGUUUGUUUUUUGAACGGGAUUAAUGCAUGCGACAUCGGUGAAACGAGCAUCAUAAUUAAUUCUAUGUGCUUUCGAGAACUUUCCCUUUCCCCCCUCUCUCUCUCCAAUUUCGAUAGUUCCAGAUAGAUAUUACCUUGAACAUCAACAAUAAUCAUUAUCAUCAUCUUAAAAGCGAUAAAGAUGAUGACGACUUUGAUGAUGAUGAUGAUGAUGUUAGAAGAGUCAAGAAAGUUAUGAGGUCAAAACUCAGAGGCGGAGACAUGGUGAGAACAUACUAUCAACAUAAGCUGUGCCGCUGUUGCGUGCAACACAGUGGAGUCGUGGGUUUACCAGUGUGGAGGAUUGUCUCUGUUUGGAGAAACUUGGCCUUGACAACUACCUUAAUCAAAGUGAAGAAAAACUGCUAAAGAUUGCAUGUAGAAUGAUGUGAGCCAAGUUUAACAGGAUCUGUUUACAAGUUAUAAAAAAUGGAAGAACCGAGACAGAAGGAGUUCUUGGCUUCUUGAAAAUGCCUUGGAAAUCUUCACAACAGUUGCCUUAACACAUCAAUAA